AUACUACACGAGCAACUUUAUUACUGGACAGAGUUUACAACACAGCAGUCUGGUUUCAUUUCAUGACUGCUGGUGGGUGAGGAGGACUGUUCAGCUUUCAGGGGGUUCAGUUUGCUUCGGAUCUUGUAAAUAAUUUUGGAAGAUGGACCACAGCAAUCACACACUGUUUGAUCCCAGAUGCAGGGAAAAGGCUCCCUUUGCAAUCGAUGUUAUUAUGCAGUUGGACAUCUUUGGCAUAGUUCUGUUCUCUGUGCUGACCUUUAUGGCCACGGUCUCCAUGCUGAUUUUUAUUGAAGAAUGCAUCUAUAUCUAUAAAAAAGUGCCGGCAAACAAGAAAAGUGUUAUCAUCUGGGUAACUGGAGCAGCACCGGUCAUUAGCACCAUGUGUUGUUUGGGAAUGUGGAUUCCAAGGGCCACGAUGUUCUGCGACAUGACAUCAAAUACAUAUUUUGCAGUUGUGAUCUUUAAGUUCCUGAUUCUUAUGAUUGAAGAGGUCGGAGGGGACGAUGCGUUCCUGAACCGAUCUGAGAAAAAGACGUUACGGAUCAGCACGGGACCCUGCUGCUGUUGCUGCCCAUGCUUGCCAAGCCCUGCUGUCACAAAACGAAAUCUGUUUAUAUUGAAAUUAGGGUCCUUCCAGUUUGCUGUGUUAAAAUUGGUCUUGACCAUCUUCUCUAUAGUGCUUUGGACCAAUGGCAACUUUGAUCCAGCUGAUGUGGCUAUAAAUGGAGGAGCCAUAUGGAUAAACUCAUUUUUAGGAUUUCUUACAAUUGUUGCACUUUGGCCUGUUGCAAUCACUUUCAUACAUUUAAAAGAGUCGUUACGUGUCCUUAAAAUCAUCCCUAAAUAUUCCAUGUAUCAGAUGGUGCUGAUUCUCAGUCAGUUGCAGACAGCCAUUAUCAACAUACUGGCAAUGAAUGGCACUAUCGCCUGCGCGCCACCCUAUACUUCUCAGUACCGUGGAUAUUUGAUGAGUCAACAACUGUUAAUCGUGGAAAUGUUCAUCAUCACAUUAGUCACUCGCCUUUUAUACAGACGUCAGUAUGAUCCCAUACCAGAAGAGGAUGGUGACGAGGAGAUGAAAAAGGGAUUUACUUCGGAAAAACCUGUGGAUUUGGCCUAAAGGAACAGACUGUUGUGUGUGAAUGAGAUGUGUGUUUUCUUUAUAAUGGAUGCGUGUGGUUACGUCUCAUAUAUCAUUAAAUUUUUUUAUUGGCAUUAUAGUACAUUAGUGGAUGACAGAAUUUGAGUCUAGACUGAACCGUGACUUUAAGGCUCUGACUUUAUAAUAAACACAAAUGAUCAAC